GCUUGGGGGCGUGGCCUCGCGGCUGCCGCGCUCGCAGUGCCCAACGCCGGGGCCGCCGCCUGCAGCGGUGGGGUCGGGUGACUGCUGCCCUCGGAGAUUUUUCCAUCCCUGGAUGGGGGUGGUGGCCAGCCCCCCCCCCCCGGCCCUGCGUUCAGCACGUGCGCCCCUUCCCCGGGUCCCCUCCAGCUUCCCUCAUCUCCCUCUCUCCCUGCCCCAGCCCUGGGUUCACUCAGGGCUCAGUGAGAGCAGAGCAAUGGGGACCCCACGGGUGACCGCAGCGUGGGGCCGGGGCAUUGCCAUCCCCUUCCCACUGAUGGGACAGAGGCAAAGCUGAGCCCAUCCUGUCCCAUCCCGUCCCACCCCGUCCCAUCCCAUCCCAUCCUAUCCCGUGGUACAGGUGGCGGUGGUGGCACCGGGGAUGUGGCCCGGGGACACUGGUCCCAUUGGUGAAGGUGUCCCUGCUCCAUAGGCCGUGGCUAUGGGAGAGCCGGGUGCGUCCUGGCACCUCUUCUGCCUUUGCCGACAGCGUUUGGCUUCUGAGUAAUGCUGUUGGUUUUUCAUCUCCCUUUGAAUUGCACUCCUUAUUUACUGCCGAGGCUUCGGGAUGUGGUGUGAGAGGCUCUGACAGGGAGCAGAGCUCAGGGUGCUGCAGGGACGUGGGGAUGUGGCUGGAGAUGGGGGCUCGGGGCUGAGCCUUAGGGCUGGGACUCGUAUACGGGGCUCAGGUAUGCGGCAGGGGGCCAGGAGUGGGAUCAGUGUCCCCUUCGGCAGAUACGGGUAUGACAGCCUUAUGGAUGCGGUGAACCGGGGGGACAUCGGGGCUGCUGCCCUGCCUGGGUGAAGGAGGAGGAGGAGGAGAGACGAAGGCUGGCACAGCACUGCCACCAAAGGUGGAGCUGAGCCAGCAUCAGCGCUUGUGAAUGGGGCCGUGCGGCAGUGAAUGGGGCCGUGUGGCAAAGGGAAGCCGUGGCAGUGGGGAGAGGAUGGGGGACGCCGCUGAGACAAAGCCGGGGCGGAGGCGGCGGUGAAACGGGAGCGCAGGUGAAGGAGGGAGGAAGAGGAAGGAGGAGAAGGGGGGGCCGGGCUCCGCCAUGGCUACGAAUUUUAACGACAUCAUCAAGCAAGGCUACGUGAGGAUGAAGAGCAGAAAGCUGGGGAUCUACCGGCGGUGCUGGCUCGUCUUCCGCAAGUCCUCCAGCAAAGGGCCCCAGCGCCUGGAGAAGUACCCGGAUGAGAAGGCAGCGUGCCUGCGGGGCUGCCCCAAGGUGACCGAGAUCAGCAACGUCAAGUGCAUCACGCGGCUGCCCAAGGAGACCAAGAGGCAGGCGGUGGCCAUCGUCUUCGCCGACGACUCCGCGCGUACCUUCACCUGCGAUUCGGAGCUGGAGGCCGAGGAGUGGUACAAGGCGCUGUCGGUGGAGUGCUUGGGUGCCCGACUCAACGACAUCAGCCUGGGGGAGCCCGACCUGCUGGCGGCCGGCGUGCAGUGCGAGCAGACGGACCGGUUCAACGUGUUCCUCCUCCCCUGCCCCAACCUGGACGUGUACGGCGAGUGCAAGCUGCAGAUCACCCACGAAAACAUCUACCUCUGGGACACGCACAACCCGCGCCUCAAGCUGCUCUCCUGGCCCCUCUGCUCUCUGCGCCGCUACGGCCGCGACGCCACGCGCUUCACCUUCGAGGCGGGACGGAUGUGCGAUGCGGGAGAGGGCCUCUACACCUUCCAGACGCAGGAAGGCGAGCAGAUCUACCAGCGCGUGCACAGCGCAACGCUGGCCAUCGCCGAGCAGCACAAGCGGGUCCUGCUGGAGAUGGAGAAGAACGUCAGGCUGCUGAACAAGGGCGGCGAGCCCUUCUCCUACCCCUGCACGCCCACCACCAUGCUGCCCCGCAGCGCCUACUGGCACCACAUCACCGGCUCACAGAACAUGGCCGAGUCCUCCAGCUACGCCGGUGAGCCCUACGCGGGCGCCCAGGCCGGCUCGGACACCGACCUCCUCGACAGGUUCAUCCUGCUGAAGCCAAAGCCCCCCGGCGGUGACCAGGCCGAGAUCAGGGAGCCCACCUCGUCCCCGUGAUGGGGGGUGCUCCGCAGCCCCUUCCUUCCUUUCCGGGGGCGUCCAGGCCCCGGGAAGCCGCAGAGCCCUUCGCUGCAGGGAGAUGGCAUCAGGGCAUCCUCCGGGCCCGGCAGCCCGGCCUGAAGCUCCAGGAGGCGAUGGCUCGCUGCGCUCAGUGACUUCAGAUAUAUAUUGCCUAUCCAUAUUAUUAUACAGUCAGAUAUUUCUUUCUCACGCGGACGCGAAGUUAUCGCCCCCGAGGAGACCUCAGGAAGAGGAGAUGCUCACAGAGGUCUUUGGCUCUUGGGCUGGGAGAUGGAACAGAGGUGGGGGCGAAGAGGUUCGGCCCUUUUUCUGCAGGUAGGAAGGAAGGACGGCACUGCCCGGCCGUGGAGCUCACGGUGCGCUCUGCAGAGCGCUCUGAACGCUGCAGGGUUGGGAUGUCUCAGGAGAAACUGGUUGUCCUUCCGCACCGAGGCCUCGGGCUGGGCUGGGGGCUGAGCUUUGUAACCCAACCCGCACACGCGCCACCACCGUGCCCACUUGCCAGGGGCAACCCAGGCACCGACUGUGGCCAGUAGCAGCCAGCGGGGAGCAGCGGGAGCCGGCGAGAGACCUCGCGCAGGGGAGCUGGGCUUAAUGGACUGAACUGAAAAGCAAUUGAUUUUCUAGUUCUCCUAUUUAUUGAACUCCUUUAGAAGGGCUAUCUUUUUAUUGCAGUACGACCCUCGGUGUUUCUUUCUCCUUUCGGUCUGGUUUGGUUGGUUGGUGGUUUUAUUUCCUCCCUGGAAGCUCCAGGUCCGUGCUUUGGGAGCAGGGAGCGUUGUGAUGUGGGAACCUGUGGUCUGUGGCCUGUAAAUACUGUGUGUUGGGUCUGUGUAGCUUGUGGAUGGGGCUGGGGAGCUGCGGGUGCAUAUGGGUCCCUGGGCACUGGCCGCCCUCUGGUCAGGGGUGCAACCUGCUCUUUUCCUGGCUGCACGCCUCAUCUGGAAAAGAUUUCACAUUUAUUACCAAAAAUAUUAGGGUUUUCUUUCUUUUUUUUUUUUUCCUUUUUUUUUCUUUUUUCUUUUUUUAAGGAAUUGCUCAAUGAAUAAACAACCCUUAUCCACCCUU